CGUGAGGUAAAACUGUUCUGUCCUGCAGUUACUGUCGUAAAAACAGGAUUUGUUUUACGACAGUUAUUUCUUCUGGUCGUUUCCGUCUGGUGCAUUGGUAGUAAAGAUUGCUGCUAUGACACUACGGUUUGGUGAAUGUUUCGUCUAUAAGUGAGUGCUCGAUCCUGGUCGGGUCACGGUGGAUCCGGAGUCUAUCCUGGGAUCACUGGGUUCCAGUAACACUGCCUUCCCGGUGUCACGUCCUCAGAGAUGGACCCGGUUGUUCUGAGUUAUCAGGACAGCUUGCUGAGGCGCUCGGACGUUUCCCUGCUGGAAGGCCCCCACUGGCUCAAUGACCAGGUAAUCGGCUUUGCCUUUGAGUACUUCGCUGUGGAGCGCUUUAAGAGCCUGGGUGACGCCGUGUGCUUCAUCAGUCCUGAGGUCACCCAGUUCAUCAAAUGUGCAUCAUGCCAGGAGGAGCUGGCUGUCUUCUUAGAGCCACUGAGGCUAGAGUCGCGUCGCUGGGUCUUUCUAGCAGUCAACGAUAACUCCAACCAGGCGGCCGGCGGCUCACACUGGAGCCUGCUGCUUUACCAGCGCCACUCUGGUCAUUUCUCCCACUACGACUCGCAGAGCGGAGGCAAUGCCAAGCACGCCCGGCGCAUCGUCGCAAAGCUCCAGGCUUUCCUGGGCGCUGGGACUGAAGUUCCCUUCGUAGAAGAGCCGUGUCCCUCUCAGCAGAACAGCUACGACUGCGGCAUGUACGUCAUCUGUAACGCUGAGGCGCUGUGCGAAAGCGCUCGAGUCGGAGGCUGCGCUCGUCUUCCCACGAACACCAUCACGCCACCUUACAUCACCAAGAAGCGGACAGAAUGGCACUCGCUGAUUCGAAGACUCGCAAAGGACUAGAAUGAGACACAAUGUCUGACAUGUUGCUAAUAAAUAAAGUCAGUACUUACAGCAAUCAUAAUUCAGCUCAGUAGUUGGGGAUUUAAUCAGCAUGUGUUACUAAUUAGAUGAAACUCAAUGACGCAUGUGCUCAAGUACGCGAAUUCUCUGACCGUUUAUCAGGGUUGACUGUAUUAUCGUUGUGUAAGGAAUAAUACACUUUGAGUUGUGUUGUUAUUGGAAAAUAAUCGACUUUGAGAUGGGGACAGUAACUCCGCGUCGCAUCGGGCCGCGUCACACCACCCCGUGUGAUUAUUUUCCCACAACACCACAUUACGGGGUGUUUUCUUCCUCUUAUACCACUGCAAUUUGCCAACAGUUUAAAGUUGUUAUUAAGUAAAGAACGACACGUCAUCCUUUUUCUUUUCUUUUUUUUUAAAUUUAAUUGUUUAUUUUUUAAUCUGAUUUGAAACACAUGUGGAACAUCUGUGAAACAAGUUCCUGCCAUCACUUACAUAUUAGCAGCUUAUACCAUAUACAGCGAGGUUGAAUUCUCCAAUCAGAAGGUGUUGAUUCGUUUUCUAAAACAGCAGCUCUGACAGUAGUUCCGUCUGUAACAUAAAGGACAAGUUUAUAAUAUUCACUCCCUCCAGGAUUUAGCGGCUUUGCGAUCACAGAAAUGACAUCAUCACGACACGCUUUCAGCCAAAAAUGCUUGAAUUUUCCUGCCGGGUUUUUUUUUUUUCCCCAAAAACAAAGAGUAUUUUGUGCUUUUUUUUUUUUUGUCUUUCACAGUGAUAUUUGUUGGUAAAUGAGACCUUUUCUCAUAUUCGACACACGUGAAUCGAAGAGGGCUUUGGUUGAAUGCACGUCGUGAUGACGUCACGUGACUCGUCUCGGCCCAAACCUGCGGUAAUUUUGAAAAACUGCAAGCUCCCCCGAAUAUUGCGGCGUUUCCUUUCAUUUCGCCCUCGUUUCUGCGAUCGCGAAAUCGGGAAAUCCUUGCGGGACUGAUCGGGGUGGUAACGUACAUUACCAAAGCUACAACCGGUCACGCCCUCAUCGGCUUCUCACCAGGUUCUUCAAACGUUCAUAGAGGGGUUCUGCUAGGAACUCUUCCUCAUAGGGAAACCCUCUUUUGUUAUUAUUUAUUCUUUUCUACCACUGGUGGAAAUACAUCGUAGGCUGCACAUGUGACGUUUGUUUACUGACAAACACACGUUAGCUUUACAGUUUAGACCAACGGGACACGACGGUGCUAAUGUUUGUUAAACAAUCCACAAUAACGCUGAAUGCAGGAGACGAAUGUGACGAGACUUGUUUACGAGACUUUUCGCUCAGGGUUAUUUUAAGCUGAAAAUAAAUGAGAAAGAAUGUG